UGCUUUAUCUGCAGUCUCUUUUGACUUUUCACUUUCUUCACAAAUAUAUAACUCUUUUCACAGCAAUGUCACAAACCGCGACACAGACGGUAGAGACGCAUCAUGAAGACAUGAUUCACGAUGCUCAACUCGAUUACUACUCCCGUCGAUUGGCAACAGCAUCUUCAGAUCAAAGUAUUAAAAUUUUCGAUGUCGAAGGCGAUUCUCAGCGUCUUGUGGAAACUUUAACAGGACAUGAUGCUCCGGUGUGGCAAGUAUCGUGGGCCCAUCCCAAGUUUGGCUCAAUCUUGGCAUCGUGCUCGUAUGAUGGUCGAGUGUUUAUCUGGAAAGAACAAAACAAUACAUGGACGCGAAUCAAGGAACAUAACGUACACACAGCUUCAGUCAACUCUGUAGCAUGGGCACCGCAUGAAUUGGGCGCUAUUCUGGCUUGUGCUUCUUCGGAUGGCAAGAUCUCUGUUCUGGAAUAUCGAGAGGAUGGCUCAUGGGAGAACUAUGUGAUGGAUGCGCAUGGUAUUGGCUGUAAUGCUGUUACUUGGGCACCUGCUGCUAUGCCCGGAUCACUCGUUCAGACCAAUGGUGGUGCACCUCCUAACGUGACCACUGUCAAGAAGAUAGUCUCUGCAGGCUGCGAUAAUUUGAUCAAGAUCUGGACAUGGCGCGAGGACUCAAAGUCGUGGAAGGAAGAAGAAACAUUGGAUGGCCAUUCGGAUUGGGUGCGCGAUGUUGCCUGGGCACCCAAUGUAGGCUUGCCCAAAAGCUACCUGGCUAGUUGUUCUCAGGACAAGUCUGUGCUGAUCUGGACGCAAGAUACCCCUAAUGCUAAAUGGACCAAAAAGACAGUUGGCCAAAAGUUCCCCGAUGUAGUGUGGCGAGUGAGCUGGUCGCUAUCUGGCAAUGUGCUGGCAGUGUCGUGCGGCGACAACAAGGUCACGCUAUGGAAAGAGAAUGCCAAGGGUGACUGGGAAUGUAUCCGAGAGUUAGAGGAGAAUGCUUAAUAAUGAUGAUAAUAAUAAUAAUAACAUAUAAAAACGUAGCAAAUGCGACAAAUAAAUGUGCUGAUUGCUCUUACACA